AUGAAGAACAUCGUGAAAUCCCCCGAAGAAGAUGCAGAUGCUUCUUCUCCAUUUAGUCGCUUACCUGACGAAAUCAUCCUCCAAAUUGUAAACAAAUUAAUCGAUUUGAAAGCCCUUUGCUUUUGCUAUCUCGUUUCCAAACAAUUAUCCUCGAUUGUACUUCAAGUCGAUACCAUUUCCUUCACUUCUUCUGUGAUAGACCCUAACAUUCCCGAUAAGAACACAAUCAGUGAUGUCGCCCCAAGUAGGCCGCGUCCGACAGAAGUUUCUUCGUUUUUUGGUGAGUCCUUUCUAUCUGCAAAAGGGUUUUUGAACAAGUUUAAAGGGGUGAAGUCCUUAUAUAUCGAACUUCCAUCUGUCGGUCACAGAGCUAUUGAUAAUCGUUGUUUGUUCAAAUGGAAGGUUAAGUUCGGUAAGAAAUCUGUAUCGUUUAUAUUUCUGUCACCGAAUUCAAUUUGUGAUAAGGAUGGAUUCUAUCUCAAUGGGAAUGGGGAUGCGGAAGAAGACGUCGAGUUAACCAGUGAUUUGAUUAAGAAGAAAUUUGCCAUUUCGAUUUGGUGUAUGGAGGAUGUGAUGGCGUGGUAUAUUAUGUUUUUGCACCUUCUUGAUAAUCUACCAAUGCUGGAAAGUGUUUCCAUUACUGAUUCAGGGAGAAGAGGGAGGUUUUCUCUGAAUGGGGAAAAACUCAGUGAGGUGAAGCAAUGGUGGUUACAUCCACCUUUGGAACCUAGGAAAGAGCUUUUAGGGAUUCCUAAUACGGUGAGUAAGUGUUACAUUCCUGUUUUGAAGUUGCCAGUUUCUGGGUACAUGAUGAAGGGGAUAUUUUGUGCUCUAAUGGAGUCGAAAAAUCUAGAUGGUGAAAUUGAUGGUCUUUUGAAUAGUGAAGAUGGUUUUGAUGAUAAAGAAGAGGCUGCAUAUACUGAAGCUAUGAAGGAGAUUUUGGAGAAACAUAGGGGUUUGAUGGACUGA